AAGGAGCGUGUUUUGAAGCGGGUUCUGAAUUCUAACAGCGAAUCACUCUUUGGCUUUUUCCUACUAUUUUUUCUCAACGUAUGAACAGACUCUAAAUAUUACCACUCCUGCCUCCUACUUUGUCCUUUCUUGCUUUUCCCACUAGGUUUUCCUUACCAGUGACUAGUAGUGAGAGCAGUAGCCUAGGGGCUCAGAAAAUAGAGAGAAAGAAUUAGUACAAAGGGAGAAGAGGGAAACAAUCAUGCCAUCAGGUGCUAAGAAGAGAAAAGCUGCCAAGAAAAAGAAGGAACAAACAGCCAACACCAUCAGUUCAUCAACUAACAACAACCCACAUGGAAACAAUGAUCCGAGAAACCAAGAUGAAAGGGACAGUGAUGGCGGCGACGCUGGUUCCCAUGCAUCUCAGGAUGACCACAAUCAGCAGCAUACAUUCAGUCAGGGAGAAGAUGAAGGGAAACGAUCGCAAUCACAUGUAACUGAGGAGAAGUCUCUGGAAGAGGCCACUAAAGAUACAGAAAGCACCGAGAAAUUGGGAUUGGGUGUUGAUGUUAAAAUCAAGAAAGGGCUGGAACUGAAGAAUGAUCUUGAGAGCGCACAUGUUUCUAUUCAACAUGUUGAGCUUGACAAGAGCUCUAGCAGCAGCAGUGGGAAGAGUAGCUGCAGUAGUUCAGAUGACGAAUCCCAAGUCUAUGAGAAGAAGUCGAAGGAAGAAGCUUGUAACAUUGGUUCUGAAGUGGCCUCAUAUAAUACCGAGAAUAAGUCAGCUACUGUUUUGGCUGAAGAUGUUCCGAAGGUCGCUGAACAUGGAGCAUUUGAGAAUGGUGAUAGUAAUUCUGCAGGUGACACUGUUGCUGUUGACAAUGCGGUAAAAACUGCUUUAUCUGUGACAGAGGUAUCGGAAACUUCUGAAAAGAAUUCAGUACCUGAUGUAGUUGAACCAGGGUUGAAGGCAAAUGAAGAGAAAUUAUUGCCCUCAUCAAAUGGGAUUUCUGGGGUUGAAUUGGAAGGAGUUGAAGGAAAAAAAUUCCCAUCCUCGGAUAUUCCUACUGCUGAAACUAGUAAUUUUGCAGAAACAAACCAAACAUUAGAGCCCCACGAGUACUCUGAAAAGCAGCCUCUUGUUGCUUCGACUCCACCACCGGUACAAAGAGCCUCAUUCUUAAGUUGCUGUGGGUUGUUUGAAGCUUUUACAGGUUCUGAGAGAUAAUUGAAGUUUCGAGUUAUCCAUCAAGUUAGAUAAAGCUAUAUUAUACUUUCCUUUAUAGUUCGCAGAACUGAGUGUUGAGAUAUACCGAGUAGCUCAUAUGUGGAUGUAUGGGUAUG